AUGGUGGUGUGGUGAAAUUUUAGAUCGCUCAUGUGGAAUUGGAAUAGCUUAUUGGAGGUGGUGUUUCAAUUGUUGGGAUUCCGUAGGUCUAAUCACAGCAUUGAGGGGUCAGCGAUGGGCGAUCGCGUGGAGCCGAACGGUGCAGGUCCGGACCUGAUGGUCGGCGUGACAGCAGAAAGGCCGCCUUUGGUCCACCAGCAAUCUACAGGGUGGAGCAAACGACAGCAGGCGGUGUGCGUGCGGCACGCCUUCAAGCACUACGGGUCCAAGAAGAAGCCCAACCACGUGCUGAGCAACCUGAACAUGACGGUGGCCAAGGGAACAAUAUACGGCCUGCUGGGAGCCUCAGGCUGCGGCAAAACCACCCUGCUCUCCUGCAUCGUGGGCAGGCGGCGCCUCAACACCGGCGAGAUCUUCGUCUUGGGCGGCAAGCCGGGCACCAAGGGCUCCGGGGUGCCUGGCAAAAGGGUGGGCUACAUGCCGCAGGAGAUCGCCCUCUACGGCGAGUUCACCAUCAAGGAGACCAUGAUGUACUUCGGGUGGAUAUUCGGCAUGGAGAGCAAGGAGAUCAACGGGAGGCUGCAGUUUCUGCUGAAUUUCUUGGAUUUGCCUAGUCAGAAUAGGAUGGUGAAGAAUCUCAGCGGCGGCCAACAGAGACGAGUGUCCUUCGCGGUGGCCCUGAUGCACGACCCCGAAUUGCUGAUCCUCGACGAGCCCACUGUCGGGGUGGACCCUCUUCUCAGACAGAGCAUCUGGAACCACCUGGUGCAGAUCACCAAGGACGGCAACAAGACGGUCAUCAUCACGACGCACUACAUCGAGGAGGCGAGGCAGGCGCACACGAUUGGUCUAAUGAGAAGUGGUAAACUAUUGGCAGAAGAAUCUCCCCACGUCCUCUUAUCCAUGUACGGCUGUACGUCCUUGGAAGAAGUAUUCUUGAAACUAUCUAGGAAACAAGUACAAGUUGGAGCUGACGUCAGCAAUAACAUUAGCUUAGCCAAUCUGAACUGGGGGAAGAAGGACUCAAUAUCAGUGACUGAAGAGAGCGGAGUGGUCGGCCUCAAUUUCCAUCAGAGCAAAGAAGUUCUAGUGACUGACAGCAACGGGCAUCUAGAUGUGGGCGGUUCCUCGUCCGCGUCUCGAGGCAUCCAAGAAGUCUGCGACGACUGCGGUAGCUGCAGCGAUUGGACCACCGUGGGCAAACUGAAGGCCCUUCUGCAAAAGAACUUCCUGCGUAUGUGGCGGAAUGUGGGCGUUAUGCUGUUUAUUUUCGCGCUGCCCGUCAUGCAGGUCAUCCUUUUCUGUCUGGCCAUCGGGGGGGAUCCUCGCGGACUCAAGCUGGCCAUCGUCAACCACGAGAAGAACUACACGAACUUGACAUACCAGGAGUGCGAUUUCGAGCCGGGUUGCAAGUUUGGGAACCUGAGUUGUAGGUAUCUGCACACGCUCAACACCUCGACGAUAGUGAAGCAGUACUACCCAGAUCCGGAAUCGGCCCGGCUGGCGGUGAAACGGGGCGAAGCGUGGGGCGCCCUCUACUUCACGGAGAACUACACGGACGCCCUGGUGGCCAGGAUGGCCCUGGGAAAGGACGCGGACGAAGAAACGUUGGACCAGAGCGAGGUCCGGGUUUGGCUGGAUAUGUCGAAUCAGCAAAUUGGCAUAAUUCUCCAGAGGGACCUUCAACUGGCCUACCAGAACUUCACCAAGGAUAUAUUCAGAGAUUGCGAAUACAAUGAAGAACUAGCCGAGAUACCAAUAUCAUUCAAGAAACCGAUUUACGGAACUAACCAGCCUUCUUUCACAGAUUUCGUGGCACCUGGGGUUAUUCUCACGAUCGUUUUCUUCUUGGCUGUGGCGUUGACAUCAUCUGCUCUUAUUAUAGAAAGGAUGGAAGGACUAUUGGAUAGGUCAUGGGUAGCUGGUGUAUCUCCUGGAGAAAUUCUCUUUUCCCAUGUGGUCACCCAAUUCGUCGUGAUGUGCGGACAAACGGCUUUGGUGCUCAUCUUCAUGAUAUUAGUUUUCAAAGUGGAAUGUCGCGGAGACAUCUUCCUCGUGAUAGUGAUAACGAUCCUGCAAGGGCUCUGCGGCAUGUGCUUCGGUUUCGUCAUUUCGGCCAUCUGCGAGCUGGAGAGAAACGCCAUCCAGCUGGCUCUGGGCAGCUUCUAUCCCACCUUGCUGCUCAGCGGAGUCAUCUGGCCCAUAGAAGGCAUGCCUACCGCGCUAAGGUACAUAUCCACCUUCCUGCCCUUGACCUUGGCAACAACGUCCUUGAGAUCCAUGAUGACCAGAGGGUGGUCGCUGGUAGAAGCUGACGUUUACUACGGCUUCAUCUCCACGAUAGUUUGGAUCGCCCUGUUCUUGACGAUAAGUUUAGUUGUACUGAAACUGAAGCGAGGAUGAGAUCUGGUUAUUCUUUUUAGUAAAAGACAGUGUUUUGUUAUGGGUGGUUUUGUACCUAUUCAAUCGCAAUAUUAGCGCGAAGUUUUCAAUAUUUCUGGCAUGGUAAAUUUUUUUAGCAAAAUUCUACGAUGGUAUUUCUUGAAUUAAUGAGUAAUUAUUCAAAUUCUUCAAAACUUGCCUUAGAAUAACAUAAGAUGUAUGUUGUAGGAUUAAGGAUAAAUUAAUUUUGUAUAAUUUUUACUCUUUCCAAAUGCCUUCACGAACUAUCAGAACUGUUAUCUCCCAUAUUCACUAGGGCGAGCCUAUCAGAGGGGGUUGGUUGUUCAUUUCAGAUUAGAUUUGUUCGAUCAAGAAUGUAUUUUUGAGUUUCCGGAUUUUUCAGAUUUCAGUCUUAGAAUAAUUGAAAACAACGAAGAUUUGCGACAAGUCCUGCAAUAUGACAAAUGUAUUUUUCUGAUUUCAGACAAUUGACAUUCUUCUAUACAUGUUGUUUCAAAAUUCAUUAUCAAGAUUUCAGGCUCAGUUUUCAGGAAAAAAAAAAGACUUUUUCCUAUGAACGCGAACGCUCUGCUACCGAUAUACAGAGCGUUGAAGUUUCGAGAUUUUUUAAAUGUUCAUUUUUUUAUAGCCCUAUCAGUUUUCGAGAUUAUUCAGAUAAAAUACGAAAGAUAGAUUUUGUUUUAGGGUACACAGCAUACAAUAUGCCGAAUGAUUCUGUGAAUCUGAAGGGGGAUAUUUGUUCUGGUAGGUAUGCCAAGCGCUUUUUCGCUACUUAUAAUUUUUUGUUGAAAAUUUGAAUUAUCUAUAGAAUUGGAAAAAUGAUCUUCCACCGGCAACAAGUUUAUGGGCUUGACCACUGAAAACAUAGCUCCCUGUAGAUUUUUACAAUUCGACACACUGUGUGAUGUGAAUUACAAAACGUAACCUACGUUUUGAAUUUUAUCUGAAUAUCCCGGAAAUUGAGAGCUAUACGGAAAAAAAUUAAAAAACCUUACAACUUUCACGCUCCGGUAACGAUGCGUUUGAAGACAGAUGUUUGAAGGAAUAAAAAUCUUCUUCGACCUGAAGAAUUAGCCUCUGAAAUAUGGAUACUUAAUUUUCAAAACUGAGAAUAUUAUUUUCAAGUACCAAAGUUCCGUUAGUUCGUAAAGAUAAAUGGGUUUUAUCUAGUACAUAGAUUUGAAAGUGCUCAAACCUUAAUUUAAUUCUGUUAUGUGGUAUUGUGAUGUAUGUUUGUUAUAUGUAUGUAGAAUUAAACAAAAUAAAAAGUUAUUAGCUG